UUCGGACGUCCGUCACGGGGAGCUCGUCCAUUUGCUGCCCGCGACGACCAAACACAGCCGUCCUGCGCCGGCGCCGUGACCAGGCUCCGUAACGCCGUCCGUCCCUCCACAAAGAUCCAAACGAGAGCCCAGGAGAAAGUUUCAAAAAAACCACUCCCACUCCCUCCCUCCCUCCACUACCCCAGCCCCUCGUCGUCAGAUCGGGUGCCUAGGGUUUCCCCUCCGGCCGGCCGGCGAUGCCCGCCUCCUCCGUCUCCGGCAGCACCGGCCCCGGCGGCGUAUCGCCCGACGCCAUCAUCGAGUGGCUGCAGGACGAGAUGGGCUACCCCUCCGCGCCCCCCGCGCCGGAGCAGCUGCGCAAGAUCUGCCGCGGCAACAUGCUCCCCGUCUGGUCUUUCCUCCUCCGCCGGGUCCGCUCCGAGCGCACGGUCGCCACGGCGCGCCGGAACAUCCUCGUCCACGGCGUCGCGGCCAGGCGGGCGCGGGAGGGGGGCGUCGGGGCGGGCGGGGGCGACGCGGCUGCCAGGGAGGCCGAGGCCAGGGAGCGCGACCUCGCCGCCGAGGAGGCCGAGCGGCUGCGCGGGGUCGUGCGGAGGCAGCGCAAGGAGCUGCGCGCCCGCAUCGCGGAGGUCGCUCGCGAGGAGGCCGAACGCAAGCGUGUGUUGGGCGAGCGCUCCAAUGCCAGGCACAAACAAGUUAUGCUCGAGGCAUAUGAUCAGCAAUGUGACGAAGCUUGCAAAAUAUUUGCUGAAUACCAGCGACGUCUGCAUCACUUUGUUAACCAAGCAAGAGAUGUGCGAAGAUCAAGUAUAGGUGUGGCUGGAUCUGUAGAUGCUGUUGAGGAGAUGCAAUUGCAGAGCGAGCGAGAGGACCUGUACUCAACUGUCAAAAAUAACAGGUUAUCAGAAGAUCUCGUCUUUGUAGAGACCUCACGUGAAAGGAGUAUUCGGAAGGCAUGUGAAACUCUUGCUGCAGAUAUGGUGGAAAUGAUUCGGAGUUCAUUUCCAGCUUUUGAAGGGAAUGGUAUUAAUUCGAGUUGCCAGAUAGAUGUGGCAAAGCUGGGCACUGAUUUGGAUGGUGAAAUACCAGCAGAUGUGAAAGCUGUGGCAUUAGAUUCCCUAAAGAAUCCUUCCUUGUUACUGCAAUCGGUCAAUAGUUAUACAUCACGCAUGAAAAUGCUUGUACAUAAAGAAACAGAUAAGAUUGACAUACGUGCUGAUGCAGAACUCUUGAGGUAUAAAUAUGAAAAUGAGCAGGUCAUUGAUGCUGCUUCAACUGAUGCAAGCUCACCCUUACCAUAUCAGGUGUAUGGCAAUGGAAAGAUUGGAUCAGAGCUGUCGACCCGAGGAACACAUGACCAGCUACUAGAACGACAGAAAGAACAUGUUCAGCAGUUCUUAGCUACAGAAGAUGCUUUGAAUAAAGCCGCAGAAGCUAAAUCUCUUAGUCAGAAGCUCUUGCAGCGCCUUCAUGGAACUGUUGAUGCGACAGGAAGUAAGAAGCUGCCUACCGGGAACACGUCACAGAAUGUCACCAACAGCAGGCACCUGGAGCUGGAUGUUUGGGCCAAAGAAAGAGAAGUUGCUGGAUUAAAGGCAAGUUUGAAUACAUUAACAUCUGAGGUACAACGUCUGUAUAAGUUAUGCGCCGAGUGGAAAGAAGCGGAGGAUUCUCUGAAAAAGAAGUGGAAGAAAAUCGAAGAGUUUGACGCUCGUCGAUCAGAACUGGAGUGCAUUUACAGUGCUCUUCUACGGGCCAACAUGGAAGCGUCAGCAUUUUGGGAGCAACAACCAUUAUCUGCUAGAGGAUAUGCAGCAAAGACAAUCAUCCCUGCAUGCAAUGCUGUGGUGGACAUGUCAACUAAUUCGAGAGAUCUUAUUGAGCGAGAAUUAGCUGCGUUUGGUCAAAGUCUGGAGAAUAGCCUAUGCAGGUUACCGGCAACUCCUCAGGCCCUUUUGGAGGCUGUAGGUUCUAAUGGUGCUACAGGGUCAGAAGCACUUGCAUCUGCAGAAAAACAGGCUGCUAUGUUAACUGCAAGAGCUGGUGCUAGAGAUCCUUCUGCCAUACCAUCUAUAUGCCGCAUUUCUACUGCUCUUCAGUAUAAUUCUGUUUCACCAGGUACAGAAGGCACAGAUUCUGGCUUAGCAUCAGUUUUGAGUGCAUUGGAGUUUUGCCUAAAACCUUGUGGUUCUGAAGCUAGUAUACUAGAGGAUCUAUCAAAAUCUAUUAAUUUGGUGCACACACGAAGAAAUCUUGCUGAGAACGAUCGUGUUUUGUUAAACCGUGCACAUCGUGCUCAACAAGAAUACGAAAGAGUGGCCAACUAUUGCCUAAAAUUAGCUGGUGAACAAGAAAAGGUCGUGGCAGAACGGUGGUUGCCCGAACUGAGAAAUGCAGUUCAAGAGGCGCAAAGGUGUUUUGAAGAUUGCAGACGUGUUAGGGGCCUGGUCGACGAAUGGUACGAGCAACCGGCAGCGACAAUAGUAGACUGGGUGACGAUUGAUGGGCAAAGCGUUGGUGCCUGGAUCAACCUCGUGAAGCAACUCCACAUGGAGAUCUCCAGGCGAACACUUGCCAUGUCUUCGGCAGGUGAAGAAUAAGGCAGCUGCUGCGACCGUGCUUUAUUUUUAUUCUUUGGAAGGCCUGUAUGAUUGGUUGGGUCUCCGCCUGGGUGUAUCUACUCGAUAGCUUUGUGCCAUAUGCUGUUUUGUAAUUGUUUUAUACGCAUCCUUCUUGGUUUGGGUUGUAAUUAAUCUGUUUAUCAUGUAGUAUGUGUUUUUGUAUGUUUUAUCAUGCGUUAAAUAUCGAUUUGCUUUA